UCUCUCUCUCUCUCCUGUCACUGGUCUCUUCUUUCUUUCUUUCUCUCGCUCUCUCUCUCUCUCCUGUCACUGGUCUCUUCUUUCUUUCUUUCUUUCUCUCGCUCUCUCUCUCUCUCCUGUCACUGGUCUCUCUUUCUUUCUUUCUUUCUCUCGCUCUCUCUCUCUCUCCUGUCACUGGUCUCUCUUUCUUUCUUUCUUUCUCUCGCUCUCUCUCUCUCUCCUGUCACUGGUCUCUCUUUCUUUCUUUCUUUCUCUCGCUCUCUCUCUCUCUCAUGUCACUGGUCUCUCUUUCUUUCUUUCUUUCUCUCGCUCUCUCUCUCUCUCAUGUCACUGGUCUUUCUUUCUUUCUUUCUCUCGCUCUCUCUCUCUCUCCUGUCACUGGUCUUUCUUUCUUUCUCUCGCUCUCUCUCUCUCUCCUGUCACUGGUCUCUCUUUCUUUCUUUCUUUCUCUCGCUCUCUCUCUCUCCUGUCACUGGUCUCUCUUUCUUUCUUUCUUUCUCUCGCUCUCUCUCUCUCUCCUGUCAAUGGUCUCUCUUUCUUUCUUUCUUUCUUUCUUUCUCUCGCUCUCUCUCUCUCUCCUGUCACUGGUCUCUUCUUUCUUUCUUUCUUUCUCUCGCUCUCUCUCUCUCUCCUGUCACUGGUCUCUCUUUCUUUCUUUCUUUCUCUCGCUCUCUCUCUCUCUCCUGUCACUGGUCUCUCUUUCUUUCUUUCUUUCUCUCGCUCUCUCUCUCUCUCCUGUCACUGGUCUCUCUUUCUUUCUUUCUUUCUCUCGCUCUCUCUCUCAUGUCACUGGUCUCUCUUUCUUUCUUUCUUUCUCUCGCUCUCUCUCUCUCUCAUGUCACUGGUCUCUCUUUCUUUCUUUCUUUCUCUCGCUCUCUCUCUCUCAUGUCACUGGUCUCUCUUUCUUUCUUUCUUUCUCUCGCUCUCUCUCUCUCUCCUGUCACUGGUCUCUCUUUCUUUCUUUCUCUCGCUCUCUCUCUCUCUCCUGUCACUGGUCUCUCUUUCUUUCUUUCUUUCUCUCGCUCUCUCUCUCUCUCCUGUCAAUGGUCUCUCUUUCUUUCUUUCUUUCUCUCGCUCUCUCUCUCUCUCCUGUCAAUGGUCUCUCUUUCUUUCUUUCUUUCUUUCUUUCUCUCGCUCUCUCUCUCUCUCCUGUCACUGGUCUCUUCUUUCUUUCUUUCUCUCGCUCUCUCUCUCUCUCCUGUCACUGGUCUCUUCUUUCUUUCUUUCUUUCUCUCGCUCUCUCUCUCUCUCCUGUCACUGGUCUCUCUUUCUUUCUUUCUUUCUCUCGCUCUCUCUCUCUCUCCUGUCACUGGUCUCUCUUUCUUUCUUUCUUUCUCUCGCUCUCUCUCUCUCUCCUGUCACUGGUCUCUCUUUCUUUCUUUCUUUCUCUCGCUCUCUCUCUCUCUCAUGUCACUGGUCUCUCUUUCUUUCUUUCUUUCUCUCGCUCUCUCUCUCUCUCAUGUCACUGGUCUCUCUUUCUUUCUUUCUUUCUCUCGCUCUCUCUCUCUCUCCUGUCACUGGUCUCUCUUUCUUUCUUUCUUUCUCUCGCUCUCUCUCUCUCUCCUGUCACUGGUCUCUCUUUCUUUCUUUCUUUCUCUCGCUCUCUCUCUCUCUCUCCUGUCACUGGUCUCUCUUUCUUUCUUUCUCUCGCUCUCUCUCUCUCUCUCCUGUCACUGGUCUCUCUUUCUUUCUUUCUCUCGCUCUCUCUCUCUCUCUCCUGUCACUGGUCUCUCUUUCUUUCUUUCUCUCGCUCUCGCUCUCUCUCUCCUGUCACUGGUCCCUCUUUCUCUCUUUCUCUCGCUCUCGCUCUCUCUCUCCUGUCACUGGUCUCUCUUUCUUUCUUUCUCUCGCUCUCUCUCUCCUGUCACUGGUCUCUCUUUCUUUCUUUCUCUCGCUCUCUCUCCUGUCACUGGUCUCUCUUUCUUUCUUUCUCUCGCUCUCUCUCUCCUGUCACUGGUCUCUCUUUCUUUCUUUCUCUCGCUCUCUCUCUCCUGUCACUGGUCUCUCUUUCUUUCUUUCUCUCGCUCUCUCUCUCCUGUCACUGGUCUCUCUUUCUUUCUUUCUCUCGCUCUCUCUCUCCUGUCACUGGUCUCUCUUUCUUUCUUUCUCUCGCUCUCUCUCUCCUGUCACUGGUCUCUCUUUCUUUCUUUCUCUCGCUCUCUCUCUCCUGUCACUGGUCUCUCUUUCUUUCUUUCUCUCGCUCUCUCUCUCCUGUCACUGGUCUCUCUUUCUUUCUUUCUCUCGCUCUCUCUCUCCUGUCACUGGUCUCUCUUUCUUUCUUUCUCUCGCUCUCGCUCUCUCUCUCCUGUCACUGGUCUCUCUUUCUUUCUUUCUCUCGCUCUCGCUCUCUCUCUCCUGUCACUGGUCUCUCUCUUCUCCAGGUGCGGGAAGCGACGUCCAAUGACCCAUGGGGCCCCAGCAGCUCUCUGAUGUCAGAGAUAGCAGACCUGACCUACAACGUAGUGGCCUUCUCUGAGAUCAUGAGCAUGGUGUGGAAACGACUCAACGACCACGGCAAGAACUGGAGACACGUCUACAAGGCUAUGACUCUCAUGGAGUACCUCAUAAAGACGGGUUCAGAGCGCGUGGCUCAGCAGUGCAGAGAGAACAUCUACGCUGUCCAGACUCUCAAGGACUUCCAGUUCAUCGACAGAGACGGCAAGGACCAGGGGGUGAAUGUGCGGGAGAAGGCCAAACAGCUGGUAACACUGCUGAAGGAUGAGGAGAGACUGCGAGAGGAGAGGAUCCAUGCACUCAAGACCAAAGAGAAGAUGGCACAGACCACCAGUGCCUCUUCGGUCCCCUCAGCUCCAGGUCUGGGGGGUGGAGCGCUGUCUCAGGGCUCUCACUCUGGAGGGGCGGACCCAGAGCAGGCGUGGCCACAGAGCUCCGGUGAGGAGGACCUGCAGCUGCAGCUAGCCCUGGCCAUGAGCAAGGAGGAGGCAGAACAGACUACUGUGGCCCCUCUGGAGGACGCAGAGCUCCGCUAUGCACUCACACUCAGCAAGGAAGUACAAGAACAGGAGGAGAGGCUGCGCAGGGGGGACGACCUGAGACUGCAGAUGGCCAUCGAGGAGAGCAGGAUGGAGAAGGCCAAGCCAGAGGAGAGUGCGUUAAUGGAGUUGAGUGCUGUGGACCCCUGGGGGGCUCCUGCUGCUGCCUCUGGGGGCUCUGCCGGCCCCUCACCCCCUCCCACAGUCCCCCUCCCAGCCCCCUCUGCCUCUGGUCCCUGGGGCCUGGCCCCUGCAGACCCUUGGGGUGCCUCGUCGCCCGCCUCACCCCCCAGCGUAGACCCAUGGGCUAGUGGAGGGACGGCCCCCCCAACGAUAGCCCCCCCGCCAGACCCCUGGGGAGAGACAGCCUCCUCAAGAGUCAACUCCGUUGACCCCUGGGGACCCUCAGCUGUGACCCCCCCCAGUGUCGACCCCUGGGGCCCCUCUGUGCCCCUCUCCACCACCUCCUCUUUUGGGGGGCCAAUAGACCCCUGGGCUGGGGACGGGGUUGAUCCCAUCAUCACCUCUGACCCUUGGAGCGACUCCGCCAAACACACUAAUGGCACAGGACACCCAGAACUGCGAGGUCAGUUAACGGGCGACAGUGCGGGUUCUCCGGUGCCCUUUGACCUCACAUCUCUGUGCUCUUCACUUCCUGUCCGUAAGACCCCCGAGUCGUUCCUGGGGCCCAACGCAUCGCUGGUGGACCUGGACUCACUGGUGUCUUCUAAACCCAAACCUAAACAACCUCCUCCAUCAAUCUCCUCAACACAUAACCCCUUCCUCCAGACUACAGCCUCGUCUUCAGCCCCUGGCAUGGCAGUCACUCCGGGCAGCACAAUCUCCAGCAGGGGGGUUUCCCCGACGCCACCCCCCACCUCCAACCCGUUUGGCGCGGCCGCCCCCAUGUCCUCCAUCUCCCCACAGCCCUCCACACUGGGCCUCAGCAGCCUCCGCACCAGCCCUGUACCACCCAACCCCAUGGCAUACCCUGGCAUGAGCAUGGGGCCUAUGGGUAUGGGAGCACCAGGCCUGGGGAUGGGCAUGAUGCAGAGCCCCAUGGGAAUGUCUCCCUACGGCGGGCUCUCGCCCAUGGGUCCUCCCUCUCACUUCAUGGGGCCCGGAGGGGUCCUGCCCCCACAACUGAAUUUUGGGGGGCCUACGGGGGCAGCUGGAGUGAUGGGAGCCGGGGGAGCAGUGGGAGGGGCAGGAGUGACGGGCGCCAGCACCAAUCCCUUUCUUCUUUGAGGGCGUUUCGGCACUCCCCCUUCCUCUUCAACACCCAAUCCAGGCCCUGCCCCGCUCCUUGGCUCAUCUACUGCCCCCCCCUUCACCCCCAGAGUGAUCCUACUUCAACACAAACAAUUUAUGUUUCCAAAAAGAAACGUGUGUACAUCUCUAUAUUUAAAGAAAAAAAAAGAAAAUAUGAAUUUGUUAUUUUCUUUCAGAAGCAUUUACAUGUAUUUUUCUCCUAGCUCAGAUGAAUUUCAACAACAACAAAAAAAUGUGGUUCCUUUCAUUCAUUUCAGUGGGAUGUAGCGGGAGGGAAAUAGACGUUUAUUUAUUUUUAUUUAGUUUUAUUGCGUUUUGGUUUCUUUCAGUCCUUUCUGAAAUCAAGGUGGGUGUUUGAGAGUUUGGCUUCAUCAGUAAUCUCACUCUGAUAUAAUAUUGUAUUAUUGCACUGACAGAGAUGGGGAGAGAGAGGGGACAUGGCCACUAACAAACUGAAACACAAACAAAUUCCUGUACCUGCCUCUUCCUAUUUGUCUGUAGAAGAGGAGGAAUGAAGGAUGAUUUUAUCAAAAAAACUCCUGAACAAGAUUUGGACAGAAAAAGCUGGCAUUAACAUUUCAGCCACAAUAUAGUCAAAUCAUUCAAUAGCUGUUCUAUUUUUUAUUUAAUGUAAUUUAUUUCUAUUUUUUUCCUGCUCCUGGGAAUGAAUAAACAAGGGGGGAAUAUUACGCAAUUAUGCCAUUAAAUCAAAUGCUUAUUUUUUCUUACUGAUUGUCAUGGAAAUCAAAAUAAGGCAUCUAUUGGUUGAGGAGAGAUGGAAUGUGUUUUGUAAAUGUAUGAAUGUGUCUGUCUCCAUUCAUCCUGCGUCCUCGCUUAUUUCAGCAAGGUACAAAUCUAUUAUUUUUGUUUUUAAAAAUUGUCACUUGUAUCAAUGCUAUGUAAUGUUGGGAUUUUAAAUGAGGUAUUAUAAGGGUCACAUUUUUCUGCCAAUUUUAUUUCACACAUUUUUUAUUAGAAGCAUUAGUCUUUCUCACUUUCAUACAGGAUGCCUCGUCUGCAGGUGUCUCUUGGCAUGACUGGACCCUCCUUUCCGACCCUCCUCCCUACGGGGGGAGAGCUACAGAUGCUUCUUUUAAAAAGACAAUUCAAUGAAUGAAAGAACUUAAACAACAGGGGACUUGAUGACAUGCUCCAAGCUGUUCAUUUAGUUUGAUGAUUGUUAUUUUAUAUCAACUAAAAGAUCUCUUGUAUCGGGUAAGGUCACAUUUUGUGUGGUGUUAACUGUGAACAUUCACAUUUGAAAAGUGAAAUAAAAUAAAUCCACAAAG